UGCCUCCAUAUGGUAUGUAUAUUGAAUCCUCUAUUCGAAACGCCUACUGCCAGAUGCCUCGUAUUCCAGAAUUAAUGAAAUGUGUGAAUAUCUCCAUACGUGUGACACGCGACAACUCCGAGUCAACAUACGUGAACGCACACUCCUCGAAAACUCCACGCAUCGAGCACUCAAAGACAAAACUCCUGGGAGAACCGCGCGUAUCGAAAAGGUAACGCAGCCUCAUUCGCAAGUAUGCAUUGCCCCAGAAUCUAAGGCGGUUCGAAAAUUGCUUCAUAGAAGCACCGGUCGUCGGCGCCUGAAGCACGCAGACUUCUUGAGCGUGUAUGAUCUUCGUCCGUGAACGAGUUGACGCGCUCUCACAAUGCAUAGCACUGACUCCGGUCGGGUCACGUCGCGCUACGCACAAAUUCCGACGCCUGAGAGAAAAAACUGUUGUUUGCAU